AUGCCAGAUUCUCCUGGACUUCGUGCUCCGUCCUUUGUCUCUAUGGGAGGUCUGGGCCUUGGGCUUUUCAGCAGAACCUGUGCGACUGUCAUAUCCUGCAAGGUGGGCUUUCGCAUCUACGAGGUCGCCUGGUGCAUCCUCCUCGGGCUGGAGACUUUUCUGCUGGACUUCGGUGACCACGACUCUGUGGAAGGCCUCCUUGCCCAUUGCAGCUUUGUUUGGGAUGUGCUGAGGACAUCGGCCCGGAUUGGCCUUAGGAAGGACCUCUAUCGGCCGAGGGAGUCCGGGCAGCCCCGACGUAAGGGCGAUGUCAGCCCAAACGUCUGGGAGGAUGCCCUGAAGGCAGUGACUUGGAUCCUUAUGGUGGUCUACAAGGUCCGCCAGAUGGCCCCGGACGUUUUCGCGGCCAUGGUCAGGUCUGUGGGGCACGACUUGAGCAAGGCGGUCUCCGGCGGGGUCACCGAGCGGCUUCUCGCCUACACCGACGAGGCCGACUCCUCGCUCCUCGAGGUCUUCAACAAGCCGGGGGGUGCACCCGUGAGAACCCAGGUGUCUGGACCAUACCCAGGGCCUCCGACGUGGACUCACCAGCCAGGGCCGCCACCCAGCCCCUUCCUUCCCGGACCUCCACCCCGCCCGGACGAUGUGGCAUCGGGCUCCAAGGACCCGACGGGCGCGGCCACGGCUAAGGCUCCCCCCACCUCGGUGAGUGGGCCGGCCGCCGAUGAGGAGGAGGACCUCUGGAGGAGGACGGAGGCCGAGGUGACGGCAGCCCGUCAAAAGAAGGGCCAGGACGAUCCUCCCCCUGGCUUGGGCAAGGACACUGGCAAGGAUGCGGCAGCGGCCCCAGCCAAGGACUCUGGCCCGGACCCGGGUGCCACUCCCACGGACGACUCCUAUGUCUACACCCGCUGGGGGCCAGAGCUGCGGUCGGACUUGGAUGAGCCGGCCUCGGAUCCGUCUUGGGAGGACAGGGAGAAGUCGGACUGGCAGUGGGAGGCCGAAGAAGUCUGGCAGGAGUGGAAUGGGGUCUUCUACCUGUGGGACGGUGGCACCUGGAUCAAGCCGCGUGGCAAGGGCAAGGGCUUGGGCGGCAAGCCUUGCCAGUUCUCGGACUUCGCUGCGGGUCUGCGGUCCUUGUCUGGCCUUUCGGAACUCCA